AUGCAAGCAAGGAAUGUUGACGCAAAAUCUGGAGACAGAGGACAUGAUAAUCACGGAUGGUUAGAUACUUAUCAUACUUUUUCAUUUGCAAGUUACUUUGAUGCAAAAUAUCAAAGUUUUGGAUCAUUACGUGUAAUAAAUGAAGACAAAGUAAAACCAAAUACUGGUUUCGGUGCUCAUCCACAUCGUGAAUUUGAAAUUUUUUCUUAUAUUAUUUCCGGCGAAUUACAACAUAAAGAUUCGAUGGGAAAUGUAGAAAUAUUAAAGCGUGGCGAUAUACAAUUCACUACUGCUGGUACUGGAAUCACACAUUCCGAAUAUAACAUUCAUCCAACUAAAUCUGUUCAUUUCUUACAAAUUUGGGUCAAACCUAACCAAUCUCAUCUCAAACCUGCCUAUUAUACCAAGUCUUUUCCCGAUACGGUGAAACUAAAUAAUUUAACGCAUACAAUCUCUCCAUUCAACGACAAAAUUCACAAUGGUGAUGUUGAUGAAAAUUCAAAAAAUACUAUUGGAAUACACUCUGAUUUUCAUAUGUUUGCAAGUUUAUUAGAACCUAAUAAAAAAGUUGCGCAUAUUAUUCAAAAAAAUGACAUCUACAAUUUCACAAGUAAUGGUGACGUUGAUAAAAAUAGCAAUGAUAGUAGUAGUGAUAUUAGAAGAGUAUAUGUUCAUUUAACAUCUACCGGUGGUGAAUUAAAAGUUAACGAUGACGAGGAUCAAUUGACGUUGAAGCCAGGAGACGGAGUCUUCAUAACAGAUGUUAAAGCUGGAGACAAAAUUAAAUUUGAGAAUGAAGAAGAAGAAGAUAAUGAUGUGAAUGACGACGAGGAAAAGGUUGGUGAGAGGACGACUGUUUUGAGGCUUCCGAAAAGAAACGACUAUGAAAUUGGAUAUUAUGUAUCAUCUGACUAUAAAAAUCUUGGUAUAGCAACUUCAGCAGUUGAUUUUAUUACAAAUGAAAUAUUUUUCAAAGAAUUUAAUUGUGAAAAAAUAUAUGGAAUGAUAUUUAAAGAUAAUAUUGGAAGCGAGAAAGUAUUACGAAAAAGUGGAUUUGAAUUUGUUGGAGAGAUUGAAGGAGGUGGAAACGGGGAAGGAAUUUCUGUUCUAUUUGGUCUUAGGAUUGGAUCACGUAGGAAUAUUGUAGAGCAAGUAUUAAAAUUCACUUCUAAAUAUUCUGGUAUAAAUAAAAAUGGUUGCAUAUAUGGUAUUGGUUUAAAUAAUAAUCCUUCUUUUGAUGAUGACGAUGAUAAGGACGAGGCGAAAGUAGAAGAUGUUGGAGAUGAUGACAUGGAUGAUGAUUUUGAUGAGGUGGAAGAUGUUGGAGAUGAUGAGGUAGAGGACGUUGGAGAUGAUGAGGUAGAGGACGUUGGGGAUGAUGAAGUGGGAGGUGGUUCUGAUGAUGAGGUGGGAGGUAGUUCUGAUGAGGCUGAAGGUGUUGGAGAUGAUGAGGUGGAGGACGUUGGGGAUGAUGAAGUGGAAGGUGAUUCUGAUGGGGUGGAUGGUGUUGGAGACGAUGAGGUAGAUGAUGUUGGAGAUGGGGUUGGAGAUGAUGAAGUGGAGGAUGAUUCUGAUGAUGCUUGUGAUUUUUCCGAUGGCGCUGAUUUUUCUAAUGGCUUUGAUGGUUUUGACGGUGAUGGAUCUAACAAGAACGUAAUUGCUGAUGGUUUUACUGAAAUUACUUCGCCAUCUUUUGCUAGAUAUGAUGGUGCAUUUACCUGA